AGACGUAAACAAACUCCGCGAGCAAGCGCCCGUGUGAGGCACGUCCGCGCGCUCCCGCCCGCAAAGCGCUCUCGCUUCUCCUCCGCUUUCGCGCGCCCCCUUUGCCCGCUCCUGCCGCCGCCGUCUCCGCGAGCGCUCUCUCGCCCGCAACGUCCCGAGCCGUUUUCUGGACGCCGGCAACUGCCCCGCAGCCUCCAGGGAAGCCACCGCCGCCACCGCCGCCCCGUCUGUUCACCCGAGAGUGGCUUUUGGGCUCAAAAAGGCGGGAAAUACUGUGAUUUGGAGAUCUGCUUCCAGAGACUUGCAGCAUUAAAAUGGCUUCUGCUGUAAUUAGUUCAGUCCCUACUACUGCAUCUAGAUUUGCUCUUUUGCAAGUUGAUAGUGGCAGUGGCUCUGAUUCAGAAUCUGGAAAGGGAAGAAGUAGUCAGAGUGGUGGAAAGACCCAAACUGCGGGCAACAAGUCAACUACAAAUGAAAAGAAAAAGGAAAAGAGGAGGAAAAAGAAGGAGCAGCAGCAGAGUGAAGCAAAUGAGCUCAGAAAUCUUGCUUUUAAAAAAAUUCCUCCAAAAGCCUCCCACGGAGCCUGCUUAUCUCUGCAGGAGCAAGCUUUCAACCCCACAGAGAGGAAAGACUCCCAGGAAGAGAAUUGGCAACAGUGGAGACAAAGAGAUGAGCAGCUGACUUCUGAAAUGUUUGAAGCAGACCUUGAAAAAGCUUUACUUUUAAGCAAACUGGAAUAUGAAGAACACAGAAAGGAAUAUGAACAUGUUGAAAAUGCAUCUCUUCCAUCAAAGGCUAUACACAAAAGAGAGAAACGAAAAAAUCAGCAGGGAAAAGACAAACCUCUCACAGUGUCUUUGAAAGAUUUUCAGUCUGAUACUAACAUAGAUUUAUUUAAAAAUUUAAUCUGUGACUACAUUUCUCAUGUUUCAGAUCAUUUUCCCAAAAAGCAAGAGGAAUUAAACUCACCACAUACUCUUUUGAAUGAUGGUGAAUUCUUCAAUAGACUGGAAGAUGAUAUGCAUAGAAUACUAAAUAAAGAAAAAAGAAGGGAGCCUACCACAGAUUGCGGAAUAGAUAACAGUACAUUUUGUGACCGCACACAGGAGGUUUUUCUAAAAGAUGGAAGACUAGAGAGAUCAAAAUUGGAACUUGAAAAGAAAGAUGCAGAAAUCCAGGAAUUAAAGAAUGUAAUCAGUCAGUGGGAGGCAAAAUACAAGGAAGUAAAAGCACGAAAUGCACAAUUACUGAAAAUGUUGCAAGAAGGUGAAAUGAAAGAUAAAGCUGAAAUACUCCUUCAGGUUGAUGAGUCUCAGAGUAUUAAGAAUGAGUUAACUUUACAGGUUGCUAGUCUUCAUGCUGCAUUGGAACAAGAAAGAUCUAAAGUGAAAAUACUGCAAGCAGAAUUAACAAAAUACCAGGGGGGAAGAAAAGGGAAAAGAAACUCAGAAUCUGACCAGUGCAGAUGAUUUCCGUUGCAUUAACUACAGAGCCAAAAAGAGGAAUAUUGAUCUUCAGGGUUUUGCAGAAAUGUAUAUUUGUACUACUGCUUAACUAUGCAGGUUUUUUUGGGUGGGGGGUAGUGAUUGAAAUUUAAUUGACUAACAGUUAAUUCAAUAUAUUGCUAUUCUGGUUUAAAGUUUGAAAUGAAAUACAUUGAUGUUCUAACUUUGUGCUAAUGUUGCAUCUAGUUUUUCAUCAGUCAAUAAAAUUUGUCAUUUUUAUGA